UCAGGAUCUUAGCAGGGGAACAGUCUCGCGCAGCUUGCGGAGGAAACAGGCGAGCUUUGUAGCGGCGGAGCGGCUGGAGAGUUGAAACCACGGAGCGGGGGUGAAGAACCAGCAACCGCACCAUAGUCUCUGUACUAGGUGGCCCAGCACAAAUUAACACUUAACAGAUAACGCCGACACAUACCUAACACAGCAGGAGGAUGGCGGUGAAUGUCUACUCCACCUCUAUGACCAUAGAGAACCUGAGUCGUCAUGACAUGUUGGCCUGGGUCAACGACUCUCUACAGCUCACCUACACAAAGAUAGAACAACUGUGUUCAGGCGCUGCGUACUGUCAGUUCAUGGACAUGCUUUUUCCAGGAUGCAUAUUGUUAAAGAAAGUCAAAUUCAAUGCUCGCUUGGAACACGAAUACAUCCACAAUUUCAAGGUCUUACAGGCUGCAUUCAAAAGAAUGAAUGUGGACAAGAUCAUCCCUGUGGAGAGGUUGGUGAAGGGGAAGUUCCAGGAUAACUUUGAGUUCGUUCAGUGGUUUAAGAAGUUUUUUGAUGCUAACUACGAUGGGAAGGAGUAUGACCCUCUACAGACACGGCAGGGCCAGGAAGGAACGCCCCCACCCAACCCAGGUGACCCCAUUCUCCACAAACCCAAAAGACCCUCUCGCUCAGGCCCUAUGAGAACGUCUCCCACAGCACCCAAGACUGUACCCACUCCCCAGAGGCAGGUAAACUCGGCUGCAACCCGCAGGAACACACCUAUGGCUCGCAAUGGAGGAGACGCUGAGCUCAUAGAGCUCAACCAGCAGCUGCUUGAUCUGAAGCUGACUAUAGACGGGCUGGAAAAAGAGAGGGACUUCUACUUUGGCAAACUGAGAGACAUUGAACUCAUCUGUCAAGAACACGAAAGCGAAAACAACCCCAUCCUCAGCAAAAUCAUGGACGUAUUGUAUGCCACAGAGGAGGGAUUUGCACCGCCAGAAGAUGAAGAUAUUGAUGAAGGAGCACAUGGAGACCAAGAGGAGUUCUGAACUCUCUUUUUUUUCUAUUCAUCGCCAUUUAUCCAUUUCUCCCCAACUCACACUCCUUUGACCCACUUUAUCAUUAUUGCCAUCUUCCACCCUCUCUUUUUUACUGUCUCCCCUUCCCUGUCUUUCCCUCCCUAUGGCUGUCCAUACGCACUACAUUAUGACUUUGUUUUACAGCCUAGCAUCCUAAACUCCUACUAGCGAAGGACACUUAACCCAGACCUGUCUGGAGUAGGGCCUGGCAGCCCAGCUUGGCUAACGUGACUCAUUCUAAUCUGUUGUGAGAGGGGACGGCUGCAGCACUGGGCUAAUUCAGCCUGGUGAGGCUGACUACUGUGCAUGCUAGUCUGUAUUAAGGUUUAAGGUUAAUGGCAAUGAGAUUACAGGGUUCCAGCACUGGCAGCCUGGAGCCAACAGUGCUAUCAAUCUAUCUGUCCGUCUGCAAAGGCAGGUCUAUUUAUCUUCACCAUGCACUCUGAUACACACACACACACAACAGGGUUGCCCACAGGGCUUUGGGGUGGUAUCAACAAAACCAUAUGAAGCCCUGUGAUCGAUUCUAGGAUGUGGAGGCUGUAAAUUUCAGUGUGGAAAUUCAAAAGGUUGUUCAGCACCAAGGACAGAAUUUUAGGGGUGAGCCCUGCACACACAUUUGCGCUGAACAUAUCGCACAAGACAACAAACAUCAGCAGACUUUUACCCCACAGAUAUCACACUUUUACAUAAACAGUGAAAAACAGUAUAUUCAUAUUCAUCAAGUUGUCCUACUGGAGAGGGUUUGCUCCCAAAACUGUUUCAGUAGCUUGUGUAUGAGACAGCAUGAUGUAUUUAUGCUUUUAUUUAUUUAUUGUUUUUUAUUUUAAUCUACUCUUUACAGGUUCACUUUCUGAGAAAAAAAAUUGGUUUUGGAUUUGGGAAAUUGAAGGUCUUGCACAAACUGUAGCAAAACAAAGGAAUGGAACAAUCCAUAAUGCCAACAUGCAGUGACUGGCUGCAGCCAGAAGGAUACAGGAAGAUGCAAUUUUAUAUUUUUAGAUUUGUUUUAAAUCUGCAGUUUUUAUUUGCAUUGAGUGACUCAAUGGCUAAGUGAGAGACAUCAAUGUAAAACAUAUUUAUCAGAAAUGUCAGGUUUUGCAGUAAUAUGAAUGAACAAAUGUAAAAAAGAUACAUUACUACAAACACUUCUAAAUACUAAUGUUUGACCUUGUUAAUUGAGUUGAACAGUUUUAGCUGCUAUUUCUAUUCUUCAGUUGCCGUAUUUAAUUGAGUUUUGAUAUGUUGCAUAGCGUUAAAACGCCACAGUGGCUGCCUAGGAACUAGUGAGUGUGGUUUAUUGUGAUUGACAGCAAGCCCUAGUUUGAUUGACAUUAGUUGGGCCACUCAUAGAGAGAGAGAGCAGAACAUCCCGUACUCUCUCAAUUUGUUGCUGUGGCAGCCAUGUGAACAACUCACAUCAUUUGGAGUUAUUGCUGAAAUGAAAUAAAGGUCUGGGGUUUAAGCCCAAUAGGAAAGAUGUAAUAAGCUGUUUUUUUCUCCACAGUGUGUGAUAUCUUGUAUUUCUCAAAAGCUUACUGUUUGUAUCAUGUGCCAUGUACUCUCCCAUCUCUGUUCCCUGUGUGGACCUGCAUAGAGUUUAGGGCACACUGUGAGCUGUCACUUUUCUGCCAAUCUUUGACAGAAGCCAUUCAAACUAAACACACACACACACACACACACACACACACAUAUAAUGUAACUACCAGUGUACUGAAGUCCUGCCAGCCCACUUCCAAGGAAUUAGCUUGAGUUUUUUGUGUGCAGUGGCCCAAAAGCUACAGUCCAUUUUAACUCAGUAAACAUGCAUGUCCCUUUUGCAUUCAGCAGAAUUUGCAAAUAUUUUCAACCACUUUGUUAGCGACACAUAAAAAAAAGUGCUCUGUGGUUGAACUAUAACUGUCACGAUAUUAGGUAUUCACUACAUAAUUAUCAACAAUAUUACCGCGAUGUCUG